AUGCCUGCACCCACGGGCUCGCAAUCUACUUCCCUCGACGCGAUCCUCCAUUCGCUUCAACAGUCUUUCGACCACGGCGACGCGGCCCAAGCACACUCACAACUACAGAAAGCGAAGCUAGCUCUUCUACAACAGAAUGCCCUCAUACCCUCACAGCAAACACAUCCUUCCACGCUGGCGACGGCACGAUCGAUACUAGAGGCCGGUGCUCUUCUGUCAAUACGCUCGAGAGAUCCUGAAUCUUUUGUGCGGUACUACUCCCAACUUCAGCCCUUCUACGACUUCCCCGGUCUGCAGCAGACUCCCUCCCAGAACCGAUCAAAGCUUACCGGACUUUACUUGCUUCUACUGUUGAGUCAGGGCGACUAUGCUGGCUUUCACACACUGCUGGAAUCUUUGAUCGUGGCAGAAGGCUCGAAUGGCGCUUCAACAGUGGAGGAUGACCAAUACAUCAAAUACCCAAUCGAACUGGAGCGAAGUUUAAUGGAGGGAAGCUAUGAUCAGGUGUGGAGAAAGACGAACGGCCGAGACGUUCCUGGGGAGGAGUUUGCCUUGUUUUCGGAUAUUCUGAUCAACACGAUUCGACUGGAGAUCGCCUCCUGCGCUGCCCGCUCAUAUCCCUCUCUUCCAAUUGCUUCGGCUAAGAACCUCCUUUUCCUUGAUUCCGAAGGCGCUGUGAUGGACUUUGCAAAUGAACAGGGUUGGAGUCUUGAAGAAGGUCGGAUAUACUUCCCUGGAUUGGAGGAUGCGAAGAAGACGGAAGAGGGUGACCAGAAAGAGGUGAUCAAUCAUAUGGUCGGAUAUGCCAGGGAGCUGGAGAUGAUUGUUUGA